AUGGCAGCCGUGGAUCCGACGUACCCCCUCUACCCCAUUGCUUGCCUUCUGGCUUCAGUAACGCUACUCCUCGUAUUGCUUAACAGCUUCAUUCGUCAAAGCUGGAACCUUGGCGUCGCCUUCCUUUGUUUCUGGCUCUUCUUCGAAAAUCUCACUAACGGCAUCAGUCCUAUUCUAUGGUCUGAUAAUGCACUCAUCAAGCUGUACGUGUAUUGUGACAUCGUAUCGCACCUACAAGAGAUCACUUCGGUUGUCAAACCUAUGGCCACCCUGAUCAUUACUCGCCGACUAUAUCUGAUCACCAACCUACGUUCCGUAGAGCCUCCUACAAAAGCGGCGAGACGCAGAGAUCUGGCGAUAGAGUGGGGGCUCGGUUUGGGCAUUCCUGUUCUGGUUUCAGGACCUAUCUACUACGUCGUUCAGGGUGCUCGAUUCAAGGUCUUAGAGGGUUUCGGCUGCACCAACACCCCUGAUGGAUCGAUACUCACCCUCUUGCUUCUUUAUUCAUGGAACGUGUUACCUCCCUUGGUUUCCAUCACCGUGUACUAUCCUCAUGUGGCCUGGAGCUUCUAUCGCCAUAACCGCGAGAUCAACCAGUUCUUACACAGCCACAAUUCGGUGACCCGCACUAACUACUUUCGCAUUCUUGCCCUUGCAAGCAUCGAUGUUCUGCUCACCUUACCUAUGGGCAUUGCGACCAUCGUCUUGGCUGCGAAAGACGAUUUGUCUUUUUCCGGUCCAUUAUUAUUCUACUCUGGUUGGACCUUCGACCACGCGGACUGGCAGCCGGCGAGCUUCUCCUAUGCAGACAUAGUGUCCGAGGGGCCUUUGCUCGUGGGACAAUUCUACUUCACUCAUUGGACAUCGCCCGUCCUCGCAUUUGUCAUCUUCGGCCUCUUCGGCGUUGCAUCGGAAGCCCGCGCAUCGUACUGGCGCGUCAUAUGCACCGUCGGCGGCUGGCUCGGCUGGCAACCCACACCUCGCGCGCACAGGUCGCGUUCGCCACUGGGAGAUAUCGAGUUCGGCGAGCGUCCUGCUCAGAACUCUAUGUCGCUAGGUCUCGAGUCAAACCCAAGCUACAUCAGCCCCAACGCCGGCGCGCAAGAUCAACCCGAGGGCGGAGUUGAAGUCGGGGGCGUCGUGUACGACGCAGAGAACGGCUUGGAGAAGGAUGCUAUCGAAGAGGUACGCCGGAGUACUGCCGAGGAGACGUACGACGAGCGCCCGAUACAGCCUUCGGCGUCUUCUCAGGCUGACUUCGGCCUUGCUUCGGCCGAGGUGUAG